AUGAGUAAAGCAUCAUCUCCUUCGCAUUUGGAUAUCUCUGCAACGAUGAGUACUCAUUAUGAGAACAAGAAGAUUCCUCCUCCUCCUCCAGGCCAAUUUUUUCAGCCUCCGAGAAGAAGUUUUUCUUUAAAGGGCCUUCAGGAGCAAGAGGACCCUUUUCUUGCGGCUUUGAAGGAGUGCACAAAGAGUGUUAGAGAUGUCAAAAUGUCUGGUGAAAGUAGUAAGAGCUGGAUUGGUUCUAAGAUACCUAAGAGCAUGUUCACAUGCUCCUGCAAGCAUUCCUGUGAUGUUGAAGAUGAUAACUUGGUGAGACUCACUAACCUUCCUCCUCUUCCUAAAACGAAAUAUCGAGGUUUCAUUAAGAAGUGA